GCAUGCAUGGGCAGAGCUGCGGCGGACCACGGAGAACGACUCUAAAUUCCUGUCGUUUGUUCAAAUUGAGGAUUAAUUGUGUGCGAGAUGUCGAUGAGAACUCUUCCCAUAGUUUUGGUGAGUCUGGGGGGCGAGAUGCUUUACAUACUGGACCAACGACUGGAAGCACAAAACCCUUCCGGGGACAACUCAGAGAAAGCCACAGGAUUGUGGUCUGAACAAGACAGACACAGAGUGAUGAACGACAUCGUGGGGACCAUGUUUAGCAAAGCCUUCAUGGACGAGCUUCUGAAGCCCCAGCAGAUGUACUCUCACAGGACCAUGAAGGUCGUCCUAACCCGUUUGGCGCACGUCUCCAUCAUGAGGCUCAACCCCGUCAGUAUGGAGAAGCUGUACGAGCUGAUGAUCAUGGCCUUCAAGUAUCAAGUCUUCCUGUGCCCACGCCCUAAAGACCUGCUGCUCAUCACAUACAACCACAUCGACGCCAUCAGGGAGUUUGUAAAAGGCACCCCUGCGGUCGUAAACAAUGUGGACGAGACACACAGGAGGAUUAUUGAGGUCUACUCCGCUAUGACGGCGGGCGAAUUCCAGCUUCUUCGACAAACGCUCCUCACGUUCUUGCAGGACACGCAUGUUCGAGUGGCCAUGUUCCUCAAAAAUCUCAUCCAGAAUCCCAACGGUCGUUUUGCACUGUCAGCAUCAGGCCCAAUGCCUCAGGGGGUAGACCUUCCUGGAACCAUCAGAAUAUUUGACACUAAGGGACGAAAAGUGCGACAGAGCCACUUCCCUUCAGGAGGAAGUUACAGCGUCGCCAAUAAAGAAGGAUCGUUCGGCCUGCAUGGAGACCGAGUCCUCAGACUGGGCAUGAACAUGUACACUGUGAACCUGGCAGAGGAACCAUCCAAGUCUCCCUCAGUGAAAACAGACAACUUAACUCCAAACUUGCUGGCAAAAGAGGAGCUCAAUCUGCUGGCCCGUCUGAUGGGCAACGUUGAGAUUGAGAAUGUGUCCGCUGGCGAAAGUGGUUUUCAGAUCAACCUGUUUGGCGCGAGCCAAGAGGAUGAGACAGGAGCUGCGGGUGGAGCUGAGGACUCAUCCGGAGUGAUAAGUAUCCAAGCAUUGCCGGAUGAAUAUUCUGCAACUCAGCUGUCUCAAAUAGCCAGACUUUUUGCAGAACAAGAGGCUACCAAUGAAAACGUGAACAGCAGCAAAGGAGACAACUUGCUCGCCAUGAUGGACGAACUCUGACCCUUGUGUUUAGUUUCUGCUUCAGCUUAAUGGGGCCCUAUUAUGCAAAACCAACGUUUCCUACCUCCUGGUACAUGCUGUCCUGUAUUUGGGAUCUGUAUAAGUCCCGAAAAGUCUAUAUUAUUGUCUUCCUUCAUACUUUCAGUAAACGAACAUUUAGAAUUUGCCCCAUAAGUGCAUUUUUGUCAUUAGCGGAUUAUCAAUAUACUGUAGAGAUUUACCCAAAGUGCUUUGCGCGAGUCCGCCAUUGCAGUCAGACGCUGAAGUCAAUCAGCUCCUUUUUCGCAAUCUUGGUGCUGUAGUUGUAUAAAAUGUCUCAAAACGUCAUCAGGAGUCCCGACACAACCUGAAAAUGGAAGA